UUUGUCAAACCAAAAAAUGUACCACAAAAUGCGAACUCAAGGAUCGUGCAUUUUGGAUUAUUAUUUUAUCCAGGGAGUGAAAAUGUUGGGUUUCGUGCUUUCAUCGAUAUAAACAAGAGAGGAUGAUGAGUACUUAAGAGGACCAGUGGCAUGACAUUCUCCGAGUCAUAGCUGUAUUCUGUUGAAGGCAAGUCAACGUCGUACCCUUUGCAUAAUGAUGCGACACGUACUUUCUGUUGUUUUGGUUUUGGUGUGUGGAUCGAGCACAGAGGCGGUGAUCAAGGUCGACAUUUAUUAUGAGACCCUCUGCGGAGACAGUAUCCGCUUCAUUAAAGAUCAACUGGUGCCUGCGUAUCACGGGCUAAAGGACUACCUCGACAUCAACUUCGUGCCCUAUGGGAAGGUGAAGUAUCUUCAGAGUCGGCCCGGGGUAUUGUCUAUUAACUGCCAACACGGGCCCCUCGAGUACCUGGGAAACAAAGCACACGCCUGUGCAUUGGAUCAAAUUCGCAAUUUGCGGGGAGAAAGAACGGCCAAACAAUCUCUGGCAGUGAACUUCGUGGACUGUGCACUGGGCAGAAGAGAUCCAGCGACAGCAGCGAGACAGUGCGCUGCGACACUGGGAUUAAAUUCCAUCGAUCAUUGCUUGACAUCAGAGAUUGGAGACAAUCUUCUAGCCGCCUGUGGUUAUCAAACGCGAUGUCUAAAUCCACCGCUAUCAUUCGUCCCUACUAUCGUCGUCGAUAACGUAUACUCAAAGGCGAACCAGAUCGCAGCACUCGUGGACUUCAAGCAACUUGUCCGCAAUUAUAUCGCUGCUAAAGCGCGAAGGCUUGUGAAUACUAGAUUAGUAGGAAAUCAUGCUUAUCCGUUUUUUUAUUGAUGUGAGGAUAAUUUCGAAGACAUCUUUUUGUCUUUUCUUCCAUGUAGUUCCACGUAGCGCUUUUUACUAAGUAAAUUUAUUGAAACAACAUUGAUCUACAAUUUCGAAUAGUAAAAUUAAGAGUUGACUUAAGAGUUUGGCUCUUAGUUUUCGAAUAGCAAAACUAAAAAUCAAAGAGCAAUGAAUUUUGCCAAUAAAAUUGUUAUUUUCAAAGAAA